UUCUAAUCCACUCAUCAUCUUCACAGAGUUAUCACGAAGUACUUGCGUAGUAGCUUCCAUGGAAGAACCUCCUUCGCAGCAGAGAAGCUACUGGAGGAGAUGGAGCAAGCAAGAUUUCUUACCUGAAGAAUCCUUCCAGAGUUGGACAACCUACCAAACGGCACUAUCUCAGACGUUUUUGAGGUUCAAGGAUCGUCUGACGAGCAGAUCCGACGACGUCACCGAGACCGAUGAGAUCAGAAAGGAAAGCGAGAACGACAUGAAACGCUGCCUCAACUGGUGGGACCUCAUCUGGUUCGGCCUCGGCUCCGCGAUCGGAGCCGGAAUCUUCGUCCUCACCGGUCAAGAAGCUCACGACGACGCCGGACCAGCCAUUGUCUUGUCCUACGUCGCCUCUGGCAUCUCCGCCAUGCUCUCUGUUUUCUGCUACACAGAGUUCGCCGUAGAAAUCCCAGUUGCAGGCGGAUCAUUUGCAUAUCUGAGAGUAGAACUGGGAGAUUUUGUUGCAUACAUAGCAGCAGGAAACAUUCUUCUUGAAAGCAUAAUAGGAAGUGCGGCAGUAGCAAGAGGGUGGACCUCCUAUUUCGCUACACUUUUGAAUCGUCCCUCUGAUUCACUUCGCAUCAAAACAAAUCUCAAAGCGGGCUACAACUUACUAGACCCCAUAGCCGUCGUGGUGUUAGCCAUUUUAUCCACAAUCGCCAUGAUCAGCACCAGAAAAACCUCGUACCUCAACUGGAUAGCAUCAGGAAUCAACACUUUCGUCAUCGUCUUUGUUAUAGUCCUAGGCUUUUCCCAUGCCAAUACCUCAAACCUGUCGUCACCUAGUUUCUUGCCUUAUGGGAUUGAAGGGGUUUUCAAAGCAGCGGCUGUGGUUUAUUUUGGAUAUACUGGGUUUGAGAAUGUUGCAACCAUGGCUGAAGAGACUAAGAAACCUUCAAGGGAUAUACCAAUAGGUUUACUUGGAUCAAUGUCUUUGAUCACUGUGAUUUAUUGUUUAAUGGCACUUUCACUGAGUAUGAUGCAGAAGUACACUGAAAUAGACCGAAACGCAGCGUUUUCUGUGGCUUUUGGAAGUGUGGGACUGAAAUGGGCAAAGUAUGUGGUGGCUUUUGGAGCUUUAAAGGGUAUGACCACUGUGAUUUUGGUGGGAGCACUAGGACAAGGACGAUAUAUCAUGCAUAUCGCACGUGCCCAUAUGAUUCCACCAUGGUUUGCUCUCGUCCACCCCAAGACUGGAACCCCUAUAAAUGCUACCCUUCUCAUCACCAUCUCAGCUGCCAGCAUUGCAUUUUUCUCAAGCUUAGAUGUAUUGGCAAGCUUGUUGUCAAUAAGCACACUGUUUAUCUUCAUGAUGAUGGCUGUGGCACUUCUUGUGAGAAGAUACUAUGUGAGAGGAGUGACACCAACUCAUAAUUUGAUAAAGCUGAUCAUCUUCUUGCUUCUCAUUGUUGCUUCUUCAAUGGCCACUUCAACUUAUUGGGGUAUGAGACCUAAGAAUGGUUGGGUCGGAUACACCGUAAGUGUUCCUUUAUGGUUCUUGGCCACUUUAGGACUUUCAUUAUUUUUGACUCAGCAAAGGGCACCUAGGGUUUGGGGGGUACCUCUUGUCCCUUGGCUACCGUCUUUGUCUAUCGCAACAAAUAUCUUUCUGAUGGGGUCCUUAGGGACUGAUGCGUUUAUAAGAUUUGGAAUUUGCACUGCUGUGAUGCUGAUAUACUAUGUCUUCUUUGGCCUUCAUGCUACUUAUGAUAUGGCUCAUCAUCAUCGACAAAAGAAGAAUAUGAUGGAAUAUUCCUUGAAAACAAACAAAGAUACCUCGGAGAAUGUAGGACCUUAGGUGAUUAAUUUGCUCAUUAGUGGAUAAGUUUUACGAUGACUAUGUAUCAAAGUCUAGCUACGUGCUAAAGAGUCUUAUUAUGAAGUACGCCAAAAAAUGCAACAGGUUAAUAGCUCACUUGUUA